CCUCAAAUACUGACCCUGAACAUGCAUACUGAUCCCAUAAACACACCAUCAUCGAGAGGUCCAGCACGCGCUCCAGCCUGGGUAAGAGGGGACCCCCAAAUACUGACCCUGAACAUGCAUACUGAUCCCCUAAACACACCAUCAUCGAGAGGUCCAGCACGCGCUCCAGCCUGGGUAAGAGGGGACCCCCAAAUACUGACCCUGAACAUGCACACUGAUCCCCUAAACAAACCAUCAUCGAGAGGUCCAGCACGCGCUCCAGCCUGGGUAAGAGGGGACCCCCAAAUACUGACCCUGAACAUGCACACUGAUCCCCUAAACACACCAUCAUCGAGAGGUCCAGCACGCUCUCCAGCCUGGGUAAGAGGGGACCCCCAAAUACUGACCCUGAACAUGCAUACUGAUCCCCUAAACACACCAUCAUCGAGAGGUCCAGCACGCGCUCCAGCCUGGGUAAGAGGGGACCCCCAAAUACUGACCCUGAACAUGCACACUGAUCCCUUAAACACACCGUCAUCGAGAGGUCCAGCACGCGCUCCAGUCUGGGUAAGAGGGGACCCCCAAAUACUGACCCUGAACAUGCACACUGAUCCCCUAAACACACCGUCAUCGAGAGGUCCAGCACGCGCUCCAGCCUGGGUAAGAGGGGACCCCCAAAUACUGACCCUGAACAUGCACACUGAUCCCCUAAACACACCAUCAUCGAGAGGUCCAGCACGCGCUCCAGCCUGGAGUGAGAUCGAGCGGAUCUUUGAGCUGGCCCGGACCCUGCAGCUCGUGGCUCUCGAUGCCGACACCAUCAACCACCCCUCCCAGCUCGCCAAGACCUCCCUGGCACCCAUCGUGGUGUACAUCAAGAUCGCCUCUCCCAAGGUGCUGCAGAGGCUGAUCAAGUCCCGGGGGAAGUCUCAGGCCAAACACCUCAAUGUGCAGAUGGUGGCGGCAGACAAAUUGGCACAGUGCCCCCCUGAGCUGUUUGACAUCAUCCUGGAUGAGAACCAGCUGGAGGAUGCCUGUGAGCACCUGUCUGAGUACUUGGAGGCGUUCUGGAAAGCCACGCACCCCCCGAGCAGCAACCCGCCCAACCCCCUGCUGAACCGCACCAUGGCCACCGCCGCGCUGGACGCCAGCCCAGCUCCCGUCUCCAACCUGCAGGUCCAGGGCUCCUACCUGGAGCACAGGCAGCAGCCUGGGUUCCGAGACGGGCCCCUGACGGACCGGACCGGGCUGAGGGAGUACCAGCCCUACCUAGGCAAGCAGCAGCAGCAGCCCUACCUGUGCGCUGUGAGGCCCCCGGGCCAAGGAGGGGGCAGGGGUCUGUCUCGCCAGGACACCUUCGAUUCAGAGACCCAGGGCAGCCGCGAGUCUGCCUACACAGAGGGAAGGGACUCCUGCAUGGACAUAGAGACAGACCCCUGUGAGGAGCCUGAGCCCUACCGCAGUGCCAACCUGGGCCAGCAGCGACAGCAGGCCUCCUGGGAGGACGAGGGGACCGAACCGGACCAGGAGAACCUGAACCGGGCCCACCUACACAGCCAGCAGGUCCGGGCCAGGGAGAGGGAGCGGUGCUGCCAGAACACGGAUCUGGAGGAGCCCAUGAUGGGUCAGAACCGCAAUGAGGGUGUGGAGGAGUGGGGGAGAGAUGUGUACAUCCUCUAGACACUAGAGCACUCCCCCCCUCACCUCGUCUCACUCAGCACUGACUGGUACACUGGCCAUGGGGGAGAGGAGGGGAGGGGAGGUGGAGGGAGGGUGAUAUCAAAUUCAGAACAUGUGGUGCUCACAGAAUCACAGAUAAAAACUCCUCGUAACCUGACCCUACCCCCCCUCCGCCUGUACUUCCCAGAUCGAACAUGAAACACAUCAGAGGAAACAUUUCAGUCAAGUUUUACUUCACAGACUGCAAGUGAGCCUUACAGUCAUCCCAGUUUACAAACCCAGACAGCCAUGUUCAUCUUCAUUAGUAUUAUUAAUAUUAUUAUUCUUAAUGCUGAGACUGCCAGUGUUUUUUUUUUUUUUUUUUUUUUUGUGAAGACACACCCUCCUAGGCUGAAGAAGCAUGCUGGUCCCUGAUUGUAUAUUUAGUUGUAUUUAUGUAUGUGUGUGUGUGUGUGUGAGAGGUAGUAAGGGAUGAGUAACAGUGAAAUCCUUUAUGUAUUGUAAGAGCUGCAGUCAUUUUCUCAAAA